AUUAAUUGUUAUCCAGUGCAUAAAGUGCAGUGACUGGAAUAGGGACGCGGUCCCCAUUUUCUCAAUGUAACGUUAAUCACUGUGUUGACGUUGUCAUUUUCUUCUUUGUGUUUCUCGGCCGAAAAUUAAUGGAAAACUAAUCUGGUGGUUUUCAUUCCACAAGUUGAUGGAAUCCCCAUCGCCCCUUACAUUAGGAUCCGAUCAUGGCAGACACUGGAGUCGAUAACGAAGCGGAUUCGGGCAGUGCAAUCGUCCAAGAUGGGCUAACACUACAGGAUGACGAAACCGAACAGAAUGACGCAGAACCAGUGACCGGUUCGAAUACCAAUUACGAUUCGGGUGACGGGAACCACAGAUGUGAUAGAUGCGACUUCGAAGCCGUAAAUCAAGUAGCGUUAACCGCCCACAUAAAUCAAACUCACAGCGUUAACAUGAAAGCGGAGAACGAGGUGAAGAUGGAAGUGGAAAAUAAUAACCCGCCUGCCGAUCGACUGCAUCGUAAAAUGUUCGAGUGUGACGUGUGCAAUAUGAAGUUUUCUAACGGGGCCAAUAUGAGAAGGCACAAGAUGCGGCAUACAGGUGUUAAACCGUACGAGUGCCGCGUCUGCCAGAAGAGGUUUUUUAGGAAAGAUCAUCUCGCCGAACACUUUACGACGCACACAAAAACGCUGCCCUAUCAUUGUCCCAUUUGUAAUCGUGGUUUUCAAAGGCAGAUCGCUAUGCGGGCUCACUUUCAAAAUGAGCAUGUCGGACAACACGAUCUUGUCAAGUCUUGCCCUCUAUGCAGCUAUCGUGCUGGAUCAAUGAAGAGUCUACGAGUACAUUUUUUUAAUAG